AAUGUGGCAACACUGUUCGCAGCUUGAAUUCAAAUCCACUUGGUUCGGACAACAGUUGGUUCAGUCGGUGCAGCAGCAGUUUCGUGAAAAAAAUGAGCUCCUCCGAAUCGCAUUCCUCCAUUUCCGGGACGGCCACCCCAUCGGCAGUUAGUUACUCGAAUCUACUCACCUCGGAGUAUGAGCACAAUUUGGCCCAACGGAUGCUAUCGGAACUCCUCCACACAGGUGAAGAAACUGUUGAGAAACCCAUCCUGACUUUUGAGGACAUUUGCGAGCGCGUGUCAGUCCUCACCGAAAUGGGCAUGCGGCUCGACGAUUUGAUCGAACCGGGAAUGGAGUGCUAUAAGCUGCUGAAUGAUACCGCCCCGGAGACCGAAACCCCGGACGAGCCUAUGCCGAUGAAAGCAACGGCCUCCGCUUCGGAUCAGGUCGUUCCGGUUGUGCCAACUUCCAGUACGUUGAAGCGUAGGAAGUCGUUUGACGAUUCCGGAUUGAGAAAUACACCGCCAAAGCAGCGUCGAAAGAAUCCGCCCUCUUCUUUGUUGGCUCGCCGGCAGCAUGGCAGGGUUCGACGCACACUUUCGGCACCCUCCCUAUAGUUUGAUGUGCUUGGUGAGCGCACGUUGAUUUUUUUUAAUAAUGUUAUUACUUUUCAUUUUAACGAUUUACGUGAAAUGUUUUGAUACAUGACUAUGACUUUUACUAUGUAACAUUACUAUUUAUGAUUUUUACUAUGUAACAUUACUUUUAAGCACAUUCGUAACGUUGUAUACAUGUAGAGAACUAGGUACAUCACACCUAGCAGUAUACAUUUCGUGAUUUGCGUUGAUGGAUGCUCUACGAGGAACAAAGGAUGAGCCGUAGCUUCUGUUGCUUCCUUCAUUUGUACGCCCCCUACAGUUGAGGCUACUAUUUUUUUAUAAAUGUAACUAUAUGACUUUUACUAUAAAACCUUAUUUUUAAGCACAAUGUAGAGAAAUACAUAACACUCAGCAGUAUA